AUGAAGUCAACCACACUUUCAGUUUUAGUGCUUUUAACUAUUGUCAAGCUAACUCUAGCUGCAGAGCAAAACGUUCCAGCAAGUUGUCUGAACAAGAAGUUCAAAAUUGAUCCGUUUUACUGCUGUCCAACUCCGAAGCUGCUGAAUCCUACCAUCGUGAAACAAUGCCUGGAACUCUUCCCAGCUCCAAAGGACGACAAGGACCAAGUCAAACCGGAUUGCAUGUCGGAGUGCGUGAUGAACCGAACUGGAAUUUUCAACCGCAAAAAAGGCGUUAAUGAUGAGAAAGCGAUGGACACCUUCGUGGAAAAGCUGGAAGAUAAAGUUUGGGUCGGUGUCGUUGAAAAUGCUGUAACCGAUUGUUUGGAGCAAAGUGAAACCAGACGUGCCUCGUUUGAAGCCGACACCAAGCAGCUGCAGAAAAGAUUCAAAAAUGACCGCAUCUGCAGCCCCGCUGCCGGAUUCAUCAUGGAAUGUGUGCACGUGUCUGUUUAUAAGAACUGUCCGGAUAAAAAGUUUGCGAAAAAUGAGACUGAAUGCCUUGAAAUCAAGAAACAUUUGACCCAAUGUCCAUUCUACACCAUCUUUGAUCAAAAGCCAACGCCCAAGAAAAAUUAGGCGGAUCAAAAUUCAAAAAUAAUCUUUUAAGUUUUGGGUGAUGGGUAAAUAAACAGCAUG